GGAAAAUCGUGGAGUCUAAAAUUGCAAGUUAAUAGAAAUAUUCUGUUAGAGAUGGCGGUUAUAUUGUUAGUUCAUAAUCCCUGUAACGAAUCAAAGGCAGGUAGAGAGAGAGAGAGCUGGAGAAGGAGAAAGAGAAGGAGAAUUAGAUAGACAUAAUUUCCGUUUUGUUUUCGUUCUCUUUUCUCCUUUCUCGCAACGGAAAACGAUUUAUAGCCAAAUCUCACCCUUUGUUUGGCUCAAUCUUUUUUACGUUCCUUCUCUUUCAAACCUCCAAGAAAAAUCCCGAGAUCGAAUAGAAAAUUAAUUCGACUCCUAAGUUAUUUUUCUGAGGGCGAAUUCAAAAAAAUCCGCAAUUGAAUGCAAUUUUUAUGAUCAUUUUUGAGAAAAAACAAAUCAUAAAAUAAGCAUAAAGGAAAGAGAAGAGAGGAUCAUGAGUAUGGUUUCGUCAUCGAUGGGAGGCGGAGAUGAGUUAGGUUAUGAUAAUUACGAUGAGAAUCAGCAGGAGGAGAAAAUAUUUGUGUCGGUGAGGAUGAGACCUUUGAAUGAGAGGGAAAUUGCGAGAAAUGAGGUUUGUGAUUGGGAAUGUAUUAACAAUAACACCAUUAUUUUCAAGACUAACAUGCCUGAUCGCUCUAUGCUGCCCACUGCUUAUACCUUCGACAGAGUAUUUGGAAGUGAAUGUCCCACAAAGCAGGUCUAUGAGGAAGGAGCUAAGGAAAUUGCUCUUGCAGCAGUUAGUGGCAUUAAUGCUACUAUAUUUGCAUAUGGACAAACAAGCAGUGGAAAGACAUUUACCAUGAGUGGAAUUACUGAGUAUGCAGUUGCUGAUAUUUAUGAGUAUAUGGACAAGCAUACUGAAAGAGAUUUCGUGCUGAAGUUCUCUGCCAUGGAGAUUUAUAAUGAAGUAGUUAGAGACCUUCUAAGCGCUUAUUGUACUCCACUUAGAAUCUUGGAUGAUCCAGAGAAAGGGACUUUCGUCGAGAGGCUUAUAGAGGAGACACUUAUAGAUUGGAACCAUCUAGAGGAGCUCCUGUCCAUAUGUGAAGCUCAAAGGCAAAUAGGAGAGACCUCUAUGAAUGAGAACAGCUCCAGAUCUCAUCAAAUUAUAAGACUGACAAUAGAAAGCUCCGCUCGUGAAUAUUCAGGCACUGGAAAUACAAGCAUUCUCAUUUCCACACUGAAUUUUGUAGAUCUUGCUGGAAGUGAGCGUGCUUCGCAGGCAUUAACAGCUGGUACAAGAUUAAAAGAAGGUUCCCACAUAAAUCGCAGCUUAUUGACCCUCGGAACUGUAAUACGCAAACUGAGUAACGGAAGAAAUGGACACAUACCUUACAGAGACUCUAAGCUGACACGCAUACUGCAGAACUCCUUAGGAGGUAAUGCGAAAACUGCCAUUGUCUGCACAAUAAGCCCCUCACCCAGUCAUGUGGAGCAAUCAAGGAACACCCUAUUGUUUGCAAGUUGUGCAACCGAGGUAGUUACUAAUGCGCAUGUCAACGUUAUGAUGUCUGAUAAGGCGUUAGUAAAGCAAUUGCGAAAAGAAGUAGCAAGGCUUGAGGGUCGGCUAAAGAGCACGGGAUCGAUUUCUAGCACAGGUGAUGCUGCUGCAUUAUUGAGAGAGAAAGACGCUGUAAUUGCGAAGAUGGAUAAAGAGAUAAAAGAAUUGACUUGGCAGCGUGAUCUUGCUCAAUCUCAGGUUGAGGGUUUUCUGAGAUCAGCUGGGGACGAUAAAAUUGUAGCGCCAGAGUCAUCAGAAGUGAUCAAUCCCCUUCGCCCGGUUACAGUUCUCGCAAGAACCAGAACGUUUAAGAUUUUUGAUGAACACAGUGUGCUUAAUCCAACCAGGAAAAUCCUACAGAUUCCAGAUCCUGCAGAUAAUUUUCCACUAAAUAACAGUACCGCAAAGUUUUCGGGGGCUGAUUGGGAAACUAAUGCUCAGAUAAACAAUGAAGAUGUCUGCAAAGAAGUUAGAUGCAUCGAAACGGAUGAAGUCAGCAUAAACAGGAAAACAGAAGAAAAAUUGGCCACAAGAGACGAGAAAAAUGGAGAUGCAUUACUGUCAACGCAAAAAGAGAAGAGAGAAUCGAGUAACGGCGAUUCAUAUAACUACCAUGAUGGCGUAAAACGAAAAAUUCAGGAAUUACACGAGACAGUAGGCCGCUUAGAAGAAUCUCUUCCUUCCAGUGAAAGAGGUGCAUCUACCUCUAAAUCCUUGAAAUGGGCUAGAAGCAUAAGUAGGAGAUCAGUUAUUAUGACUAUUCCAUCAGCUUUUUGGUAUGAAAAAGAAGAAGAAAACGAGAAAAUAUUACCUGGUCCUCCUGCUUCAUCCGGUGAAGACUCUGUUGAAAGACCAGAAGACGGUGAGCAAAAGCUUCCUGAAUUAGAGCAUGGUGUCCGAACUGGAAAAAUAUUUAGGACAGACUCUCAAAAUUCCACCCGUAGUGCAGAAGAAGUGACCAUCAAAGAGAUAGAUAUAGAAGUAGAUGACACUACCACCGUGCUUGAUUUGGCAGCAGGAGCAAAUACGAUUGCUGAAUUUCAGCCAGAGGCGCAAACUGGUGAUGUUCCGGUUGCAGAAGCAUCUACUAGAAUAGGUGGGUCGUUGAGAAAUGCUGGGAGGGGCAAUAACAGUGGGCAAAACCGUUCUAACCCAUCAAUAAAAUUUGAAAGAUACAGGAGAAAGAUAAUUGAACUAUGGGCAAAAUGCAAUGUUCCAUUGGUUCAUAGAAGCUACUUCUUCUUGCUAUUCAAAGGUGAUCCUUCAGAUAAUGUGUAUCUAGAGGUAGAACUCAGAAGACUCUACUUUCUGAAAGAUACAUCCGUCCGUGGAACUAACGCAUUAAUAGACACUCAAAUCGUCUCACUAAACUCAAGUUUGAAGUCUUUGAAUCGCGAAAGGGAAAAUUUAUCAAGGCAAUUGCAAAGGAAGUUCAUAAAAAAGGAAAGAGAUGAACUUUACCUAAGAUGGGGUAUUGACUUGGAAACAAAGCAGAGGAGCCUACAAUUGGUACGCAGAUUAUGGACAGACACAAAAGACUGGAAACAUAUGAAAGAAAGCUCUAUGCUUGUGGUGAAGUUGGUCGGGUAUGUAGAGCCAAGGUAUGCACCCAAAGAAAUGUUUGGACUCAGUUUCUUAACACCCUCAACAAAUCAGAAACCGUCCGGUUGGAGAGACAAUAUGUCUUCACUUUCAUUAAUAUAAGUUUUUGGAGCUGCUCAAAUUUCUUCUUUUUUUCUUUUUCAAUUCAUAUAAUAGAAUCCAGUUAAAAGAGGAGUUGGAUUCUAGCUUCGCAUAGUUGAAUGUUCGAGUCUUAUCUAGGAUUAUAAAUCGAUGUGCAGAUUUUUUAUUCAUUGAUUCUGCUGCUUGAGGCAUGAAAUCUAGAUCCUUGUCUUUGUAUACGUUUAUGUUACUACUUUACAAAAAUGUAAAUGAAGGGAACCAUAAAUGAAACUUUAGGCACGAUGGAGAGUUUAUUGGGUCAGUGUUAA